AUGUUUGCUAUCAUUUUAAAUGUGAUCUUCUGGGCCCCCCGUGCCCACGCGGGGUGGGCCUGCGUGCGGUCCUGCCCUGCCGGCUGCGUCUGCACCCAGGAGCGGAGCUGCGCCGUCCUCUGCGACCGCGCCGGCCUGGGCCAGGUCCCCGGCCAGUUCCCGUGCGAAGCCUCUUCCAUCAACCUGGACAAAAACAGCAUCAAGUUCCUCUCUGAGAGGGCCUUUGGGACCUUGCCUUCCCUGAAGUCCCUGUCGCUCAACCACAACAACAUCUCCUUCAUCACCCCGGGGGCGUUCAAGGGGCUGCCCAGCCUGACCGAGCUGAGGAUGGCUCACAACGAGUACAUCCGCUACCUCCACACACGGACUUUCACUGCCCUGCGGCGCCUGGUCAAGCUGGACCUGGCAGACUGCAACCUUUUCAACAUCCCAGACAGGAUCUUCGUGGAGCUGCCUGCUCUGCAGGAGCUCUUCUGCUUCCAGAAUAACUUCCGGAGGAUCCCAGGUGCUAUCAGGGGCAUGGAGAACCUGACCCACGUUUACCUGGAGAGGAACAGGAUUGAAGCAGUAGCCUAUAACUCCCUGCAGGGCCUGACCAGACUGAAGUACCUGAACCUGCAGGACAACAGGAUAAAUGUCAUUCACGAACGAGCUUUUCAGGGCUGCCAGAAGAUGGAGUACCUGUAUCUGAAUGACAACUGGCUCAGCGAGCUUCCGGAAAACUCCUUCAAUGGUCUGAGGUGCCUGAAGAUGCUCAACCUCGGAGGGAAUUCCCUCAGGAAUGUUUCCAACACCUGGUUCAGGGACCUGGGGGAGCUGGAGGUUCUCUACCUGGAUCGCAACAGGAUCAACUACAUUGAGGAAGGGGCUUUUGAAAACCUCACCAGUCUGGUUGCGUUGCACUUGAACAGCAACAACCUGACCACCCUGCCCUUCUCUGUCUUCGAGCCCGUGUACUUCCUGGGGCGGCUGUACCUGUUCCGCAACCCCUGGGACUGUGACUGCCGCAUCGAGUGGCUGAAGGAGUGGAUGGAGAACUACAGGCUCGUCAGGGAUAUUCCCUGUGCCUCCCCCUCCUCUGUAGCCGGGAUUGACCUGAUGGACGUUCUCUACGAGAGAUCACCAGAAGGUUACUGUCUGGACCCAGUAGAGCUCAAUGUCACGUCUGAAGGGCCAACCCCAAGUGAAGAGCCUUGGUCUACCACAGAGAGCAAGUUCAACAGCCUUAUAUCUAAACUCUUGCUCCAGAUGGGCCUUCCUGAAGAGGUGACAAACACCACUGAAGUCUCCAGUAAUGCCACACAGCUGUAUGGACUGGUUGAUGGUGUUUCUUCUGGGGUGGGAGAAGACAGUAUUGAAGCUGCUUCCUCUUCUUACCUCCCAAUACUUUUUACGGUGGUUGUUUUGCAGAUUAACUAG